AUGUUGUUAUUUGUGUUACUAUUGUUCCCUUGUUCGUCUGCCACGACAAAGACAGUUUACAAAGUGGGGGUGCUGAUGGCGUCCCGCUUGGAUUCCCCCUUUGACCUGGAGCGCUGUGGACCGGCUGUGGACCUGGCUCUGGAUAAGGUCAAUGAGAAGUUCCUGGCGCAUCACGGGGUUGAGCUGCAGAAGGUGCAAGGCAGCUACCCGUCCUGCUCUGGCGCCCUAGCCCCCGGCAUAGCAGCGGACAUGCAUUUUCAUGAUCACGUGAUCGCCUUUAUCGGACCAGCGUGUGCAUUCGCACUAGAACCUGUGGCGAGACUGGCUGCGUACUGGAACACACCUAUAAUUACUGGGAUGGGAGAUCAGCCACCUUCGGAGGGCGAGCUAGCAGCGCCAGUUGGGGUGCUGAGCCGCAUGCAUCGUCUGAGGAACCUCAAGACGGGAACCAAGCCUCAAACCCUAUUCAACGACAAGGGCAAAUAUCCAACUCUUACCCGGAUGUCAUACUGCCAGUGCCGCCUGCCCCGGGUCUUCACUAGCGUCUUCGAGCGAUUUGGCUGGACGCACGUUGCAUUGCUGCUUGACAAGUCAGAUCUGUUCUCACUUACUGUGGGUAAAAGCCUAGAAUGGGGCCUUCGGAAAGAAGGUGUACUGAAGGCGGUACGAGAACUCGAUGGCAAUGAACAGGAUCGCCAGCGAGAGCUUUGCGAAGCCCUGUUGCGAGAUGUCAGCAUGUAUGCUAGAGUGGUGAUCCUGAGCGUGAGAGGGCCUCUAGUGCGUGAGUUCCUGCUUGCCGCGCACGCGCUGGGUAUGACACGUGGAGACUGGGCCUUCCUCGACGUAGAAAUAUUCCAGGGUGGCUACUGGGACGAAACGGGCUGGGCAGCGGGCGACGACCGAGAUGCCGCUGCUCGUGCUGCGUACGAGGCUUUGUUACGAGUGUCUCUGAAGCUGCCAACUGGCGACCGAUUUGAUGAGUUCGCUGACGCUGUCAGAGCGAGGGCUAGAAUGCAUUAUAACUACAGUUUCUCGGACGGAGAGGAGGUGAACUUCUUCAUUGGGGCAUUCUACGAUGGAGUGUAUCUUCUCGGCAUGGCGCUGAAUGAAACAUUGACCGAGGGAGGGGAUAUCCGCGACGGACAGAACAUCACUAAUCGCAUGUGGGGCCGGGACUUUUUAGGUAUAACGGGCCACGUGCGAAUCGACGCUGUGGGAGACCGUGACGCUGACUACGCCAUCUUGGAUUUGGAUCCUGUCACUGGGAAAUUUGAGGUGGUGGCGUUCUACCACGGGCUGAACAGCAGCUAUAAACAGGCUCGAAUCGACGCUGAGUUGAACAACAUGGCUUGGCGAGUUCGACCUGAGGAGGUUUUGGUCGAAGUUGGCACUGGCUUGGGAACCAGCCCGGCAUUACACAGCGUCAAUGAAGUACUCAAGCUUUCCUUAGGCUGGAGUACCCGCGGAGCAGUAGGAACGCCGUCCUUCACUCUAUCUUCGUUCACCGUGGGCCUGUAUAAAGGAAACAGAGUUGCCGUCAAGAAGAUCCACAGGAAGAAACUAGACCUCAAUAAGAAGCUGAUGUGGGAGAUCAAACAGGCGAGGAACGUAUCACACGAGAACACAGCUCGCUUCAUCGGCGCUUGCGUCGACUGUCCGCUCGUAUUCGUCCUGACAGAAUACUGCCCGAAGGGUUCUUUGAAGGACGUCCUCUCCAAUGAAGAGAUUCAGCUCGAUUGGAACUUUAGGACCUCCCUCGUUCAUGAUAUUGUACAGGGCAUGUGUUACCUCCACGGCGGGCUGGGCGCGCACGGCAAGCUGCGCUCCUCCAACUGCCUCAUCGACGGCCGCUUCGUGUUGAAGAUCUCCGACUACGGGCCCAACACACUCUGCACACCCACUGACCUCAUCAAGGAUGACACUUAUUAUUACAAACUUCUCUGGACGGCGCCUGAGCUAGUAGCUGCCAGCGUGUACCCUGGAGCAGCAGCAUCUUUGAAAGGCGAUGUCUACAGCUUUGGAAUCAUUCUGGAGGAGAUCGUGCUGCGCGCCGGCCCGUUCCAUCACUACACCACCGCUAUGACCAACAGAGAGAUAGUAUCCCGCGUCUGCGGACGUGAAUCACCUCCAUUCCGGCCUAUGGUGAUAGCGAACGAGGCGGGUGCGGGCCCAGGGGCCAGCACUGCGUCUGACCUGAUGGACUUGGCUGCGAGCUGCUGGGCCGAAGCGCCUGAUGACAGGCCUUCGUUUGAUUUCAUCAAAGUUACAAAAAUUGUGUUUAUCAGGGGCUACUGCGACAAUCUAAUGGAUGAUCUUCUGAGUCGCAUGGAACAGUAUGCCAACAACUUGGAGUCACUCGUGGAAGAGAAAACAGAACAAUUGUCGCUAGAAAAAAGGCGUUCCGAGGAGUUGCUGUAUCAAGUAUUACCAAGGCCAGUAGCUCAACAACUGAUGGCUGGCGAGGUGGUCCAGCCGGAGAGUUUCGAAUGCGUCACGGUGUACCUGAGCGACAUCGUGGGCUUCACCGAGCUGUGCGCCGCCUCCACACCCAUGCAGGUGGUGGAUCUACUCAACGACCUGUAUAGCACGUUCGACAGGAUUAUAGGCUUCUAUGACGUUUAUAAGGUGGAGACAAUAGGCGAUGCAUACAUGGUGGUGUCUGGUCUGCCAGAACGGAACGGUGACCAGCAUGCCAGGGAGAUCUGUUUGAUGGCGCUAGCCAUAGUUGAGGCGGUCCGCGGCUUCGUUGUACGACAUCGACCAGCUCAUCGACUGGAGGUUCGAGUAGGAGUUCACUCCGGGCCAGUGUGCGCGGGAGUGGUGGGGGUGAAAAUGCCCCACUACUGUCUGUUUGGGGACACCGUCAACACUGCCAGCCGUAUGGAGUCUACUGGACAACCCCUGCGCAUCCACCUAAGCGAAAGCACGCGCGCGCUCCUCGAGCAAUGGGGCACCUUCGUCGUCGAGCGUCGAGGUGAAGUGGAGCUCAAAGGCCGAGGCCGAAUGCUAACCCAUUGGCUGCUGCACUGCUCGGAGCCAGAAGCAAGGCCACUGGCAGCAGGGCCGCAGCCGCCACCGCAGUAUCCUAUACUGUUUCCGACGCUGCCGCAGCCGACUAUAGCGCAGCAUAUACCGUAUUUGGUCGUAGAUCCGCCGACGCUAGCCGCUUGA